AUGAAACUCCUCCCUCUCCUCUCCCUAGCUACAGCAGCAGCAGCAACCAAAACCAAAACCACAACUCCAACAACCUCAUCAACCCCCACCCCUCCUCCAAAAUCCUGGUCCAACUUCGAAAUCACCUCCCUAAAAACCCACCAACCAAACGGCGACCCCUCCCUCCCCUCCGACUGCGCCAACUUCUCCGACCAACAAGGCUGCUACAUCAUCUCCUUUGACCUCCUUCGUCCAACCGAUAACCCUCUCCUCCCAGACCCACAAACAGCUUUUUGCGUCGCGACCUGGGCCGAUAACAAUCCCGCGAAUUGCCAUCUCACCUACGAGGGAUGUGAUGUCCCGUUUGCUGUGAAUUCCCCGACGUGUUGGACGAGGUGUUGGCAGGAUCGAAGACAGGAAUUUGAUCGGUUGAGUGGGUUUUUGUUUCGUUUGGGGAAGGGGUUUCAGGUUGGGGAGUUUGUUGUUGAGGUGCAGGGGGUUUCUUAUGAUCAAUUCGCCUCCGCGACAUUUCUAUAUUCGGCUUCGUAUACGAUUAGUAAUUCCUCGGCCGAGGAACUCGUGUGUGAGAUUGAUGGGUCAGGAGGAGCAGGGAGUUAUAGUGGGAUUCCUGGACUACAUGCUGGAGGGGAUUGUGCGAUGCCGGAGGGAAGUAAAGGGAUUUCUCUCGCGGUGGAGUCUACRACGGAUCAGUAUUUGGGGGGGUAUUGUACUAGAUAA